GUUUUCCCAGCCCACCCAGUCUAACCAGUGGGGGCCAGGCUGUGGAUACACGCGUUGCUGUGAUACUCCAGUGAAUGAACCACCGCAGCCUGUAAACGUGAGGUCAUGGCAACCCGGUAGAGCCGCAGCGAUCCGUGCAGGUCUCGCUGUUCAUAUGAGCGGAAAGGUGACGUGAAUUUUAACGUUACCACCUAAAAGACACUCCGGCUGUUCUCUUAUUUUAGUCUAACGCUGCGGAAGAUGGAGCCUCAUGUCACCGCGAAGUUGUUAAUCGACAAUGCAACAACUCUGAAGCUGCACACGGGCAAUUUAGUGAACCGUAACCGGCUCAAGAAGAAAUGUCCAUCUUCGCCAAGUGAGGAGCUUCAAGACUGUAUCAAAGUAACACUUAGUGAGUGGUUUGCGACAAUACCUCCAACACUUGAACCAGAAUUGCCCACCAUUCUGGAUUGCACGAUCCCGGAGAAUACAGAGCUCAUCACACCGGAGGAAAGGGAAGAACUGAAAGUGUCUGUCAAGCUGUUUCUUAGUGAGUCUGACUGUUCAUCCAUUAGAAAUGCUGUGGACAUGGUGUGUGUGUCAUUGGGCGUGUCUCAGCUCGACUCUGUGAUUAUUGCCUCUCCCCCGCUGCCUGAGGGAGAGGGUCUCUCACUCGCUCACCUGCAGCCCAUGUGGGCAGAGCUGGAGACUCUUGUUCAGAGUCAGAAAGUCGCUGCCAUCGGAACCUCGGACCUGGACAAGACUCUGCUUGAGCAGCUGUACAACUGGGCACAGGUUAAGCCCAGUAGUAACCAGGUGAACCUGGCCUCUUGCUGUGUAAUGCCUCCAGACCUCACUGCAUUUGCGAAAGAGUUCGACAUCCAGUUGCUGACACACAAUGACUCCAAAGAGCUGAUCGGUGCGGCAGGCUUUCAGGAGGCUGUGAAGGAGAGUAGCAGAGACCUGCAUGUGGCAGACUGGAAGCUGGAGUGGGUCUUGCGUUACUCCAUAAUUGUCAAGAGUCGAGGCAUCAUCAAGGCCAAAGGUUACCUUGUUCAUGCAAGGAAGGACACCCAGUAGGAUCUUCUGGAGUGGACAAAAACCUAAUAAUACGGAAUUAACAGAAUGCAAGGAUUUUUAGCUUGCUACUCAAAAUUUAGGCGAAAUGAACUUUUGAUCUGGAUUUCCAUUCCUAUUCACUAUGGUGGUAAUUAAAUUCAGCUGACCACAAAACAUGCUGUGAUGAGCACUGAUGCUUAGACAUGAACAGAAUAUUAAACCUUUGUAUUCUGACCUAGUCCACUGCAGUCUGGGCCAUGUUAACAAUUUUACAUUUUACUUAAUGUCGCCGAUAGCUAACUAACAUGUUCAACAGACUAUGCGCAAAUGUGGUAAAGUGCCUCUUUUCUCAUUUUUUUUGGUCAGUAAUUUUCUGAUUUACCAUGGGUCUGCUAAAAGCAGAAAUUAAGUAUAAACACUACAUUGAUACUACAGAAGAUGAAUAGUACUUUUAGUGGUAUUAAAGGAGAUUCCACAUGAGAAAUGUGUAGAUGUGUCUGGAAGGGCAAAAAUUAAUUCUGAGGUAAAGCAAAUUUGAUGUGGUUUUCUUGUGGGAUCCACCAGCACUUACCCAGUGGCAGUGGAGAACACCACUAAAGACCAUAUACAGAAAUGAUUAAUUACUGAGUUUACUAAAAUGAAUUUUUAUGGAUGAUUAGAUAUUUUCACAUUUUCUGUUUACCUAAAAUUCCCUGCUGUUGCUUUGUCAUUUGCUACCCUUAAAAUAUGUAAUAUGCUUAUCACUUGUACCUUUUGAUAUUUCAAUGUUGCACCUGGCCUAGGUAAAUGUGUGUCUCAGUUGUGAGAAAAAUAUUUAAUGGAAAACUAGAGACAUGCUGUAAACAUGCAUGACAUGAUGUGUGCGUUUAUUGUAAAUAGGAACACUGGAAAAUUACACAUUUUAAGGAUUUGCAUUCGAGUAUCAAGUUGAUUGUCUGAAAUAUAUAUAUUUUUGCUUAUGAUUAUUUAUUAAUUAUGGCUACCGUUUAAAUAUUUGGAUCCAGAAAACUCAGUACUGUACAUGCAAUUUCUUUCCUCCCGGUUCCUAUGUAGAAUGUUUUUAAUUGAGUUUAUAAAUCUAAAAUAAAAUGGCGACUCUGCUUUUGUUUUUUUA